AUGUCGAUGACCAGUGAUCAAGCGAAAUCCGCUCUUGAAGGCCAAGUGCUCGAGUACAUCAAAAAGUUGAAUAAUGGAGAAUGGGAGGCUCUCGAAGAGUUCUAUCAUCCAAAUGGAGUGAUGGUCGAAACGGACAAAAGUUGUCUCUGGGGACAAAAAGAUAUUGGUCGCUCAUUGAUGCAAAUGUCGACUGAGUGCGGGAAAACGACCAUGUCGGUCUCAAAUUCUCAAUACGAUGGUGUCCGGGAUUACAUCAUUUUCGAGACCGAUUUCUGCUUCCACACCGAGAAAGCCGGUGACCUCAAGGGACACUAUGUGCAGAUUUGGCGUCUCCACAACGGUCGCUUUGUUAUCUAUCAUGAUGAGUAUGCCCUUAUC